AUGUGGCAGAUGACCAUGGACAGGAGUGAUCGCCGGAUACUUGGAGGAUGUCAGCAGAAGUCAAGUUGGCUCGAUAGUACUGUUCGGUGGGGCCAUGAUCUCAAACAUACCACGGGUUGUUCGGAGACUUGGCAUCUCUUCCAUUCCGCUUGUUUGCAUGCCCUGUAUAUGGGGCCAUGCUGUGUUAGUCAAAUUGAUUUGGUCUGUCCGACCUAG